AUGACCCCUGUAUCCAGCCACGAGAGCCUUUACCUCUCGAAUCUUGAUGACAUGAUUGGAGCACGUGUUUUCACUCCAACCGUAUACUUUUACAGAUCGAAUGAGUGGCAUUUCCAUCAUGAACCGAUCAUGAAAGUACUUAGAGACGCUCUAAGAAGCGUGUUAGUGCCAUAUUAUCCUUUCUCAGGGAGGUUAAGGGAAACGAAGAAUGGGAAGCUAGAAGUAUUUUUCGGUCCUGAUCAAGGUGUACUUCUAGUUGAGGCGCGUUCGGAUGUGGCCUUAGCUGAUUUAGGAGAUUUAACCGUUUCAAAUCCUGCAUGGGUUAAAUUGAUAUACAGAUUUCCUAAUGAAGAACAGUAUAAAGUUGUUGACAUGCCAUUAUUGAUAGCACAAGUGACUAAAUUUAGUUGUGGUGGAUUUAGCCUCGGUUUGAGAAUUUGCCACUGCCUCUGUGAUGGGCUUGGAGCAAUGCAGUUCCUAAGUGCAUGGGCUGCAACCGCAAAAACCAGGUCGUUGGUUAUAAACCCGACCCCUUGCUGGGAUCGAGAAACUUUUCGACCCCGUGAUCCACCAAAGGUCGAAUUCUCACACACCGAGUUCAAGAGAAUCGAUGAUUGUUCGAACCUAACAAAGAGUCUAUGGGAAGUCAAACCUGUCCAAAAAUGCUACAGAAUAAGUCAAGAGUUUCAAAUCCAUGUGAAAAACUUAGCACGAUCAGAUGGAAACUUUUCUUGCACAUCCUUUGAUGCAAUGGCAGCUCAUGUGUGGAGAUCUUGGGUUAAGGCUUUAGACGUAAAGCCUCUCGAUUACGAGCUUCGUCUGACAUUUUCCGUCAAUGCUCGUCCGAAGCUCAAAAACCCACCUUUGAAAGACGGGUUUUAUGGCAAUGCCUUGUGUGUUGCGUGUGCAACAAGUACGGUCCAAAGGCUUGUCAACAGACAACUUUCAGAGACAGCCCGGUUGGUGCACGAGGCUCGACUAGGCGUAUCGGAGGAAUAUUUGAGAUCUACAAUAGACUAUGUUGAAGCAAGCAGGCCAAAGAGGUUGGAAUUUGGUGGAAAAUUAACAAUAACACAAUGGACAAGAUUUUCAAUUUAUGAAUCUGCUGAUUUUGGAUGGGGUAGGCCAGUAUAUGCUGGUCCAAUUGAUCUGACUCCAACUCCACAAGUUUGUCUAUUUUUGCCGCAAGGAGACGAGGCCGGCUCUAAUGGUACAAUGGUUUUAUGCAUAUGCUUGCCAGAAUCUGCCUGCAAUAAAUUUAGGGAAUUUUUGUAUCUCAUGGAUUCAACUGAUAAUUCCAUGAAAUUGUUAUGA